GCCUUUUUCAUUUAAAAACCCCUAUCAAGGUUAAAUUCUAUCGAAAAGUGAAGUGUAAUAUACAGAUAUGCACCAAAUACGACGCAUGACUUCCAGCCUUAGACAGACGUUAAGAAACACAAUGAAAGUCAUCACAGUAUACCACCAGCGUUAGGAAAAACACGAAUAACGUGUUGUUUGAUGAAUACAAUGUGGCAUCGUACAAUAUUUCCCGUUCUUCAUGUCAGUCGUGUACAGUAAUAACUGUGUAAAACGACCCGUUAGAGCUGGAAGACGCGUCGGUCGUCCCUUCGGUGGUUAAUCUAAUCGUAAUGAUAACGAGAGCAAUGCCACCUGGGAAUUGCCGACAUAAGGUCGUUGAGCCAGCUGCAUCUGGUAUGCGCGCAGCUGUGCUCAGCACCAUCAACCUCCAGUAAAAUGUCGCACACCCCAAUUACCAUGCCCUUGCGACAGUUACCAGGCCAUAAAGGAGGCGUAAAUGCAGUCGCAAUUUUCCCCGAUAAACGACGGAUGGUUACAGGCUCGGAGGACAAGACGCUUCGUAUGUGGGACUUGAAGACAGGUGUUGUUUUGAAGCAUAUGGAAGGGCACCGCAGUGGGGUGUUGAGAUUGGCAGUAUCACGAGAUGGACAAUUGAUAUCGAGCGGUGAUGAAGAUGGAGAGGUCAUUGUUUGGCACGGAGAAACUGGAAAACAACUCACCCAACCCAUCAAAGCCCACUUCAAAGGGAUCACCUCGCUGGAUUUUUCUCCCGAUGGAACGGUGCUGAUCACUGGAGGUUCAUGUGACGGAAUGACGAGAUUGUGGAAUACCAAAACCUGGGAGCAGCAAGGAAAUCCAAUACAGGGUAGAAAUGUCAAUUGCGUACGGUAUUCACCAUCUGGAGAAUUUCUUGCCGUUGCAGCAUAUGACAACGUCGAAAUAUACAAUUCGAGCACGAGGGAACGCGUCGCGUCCUUCAAGGCUCACAAAGAAUUGACCUUGUCACUUGCGUGGACGCCUGAUGGCACACGCCUUCUCACAGGUGGCAGUUCGGGCGAUGCUACCAUGCGCGAAUGGGAUACGACAACGUGGAAGCAAGUCGGUGAUCCCUGGACGGGCCACACUAGCCAAAUAAAUGCCAUUACCAUCCAUCCUGCUGGCCAACUCGUCGCCUCCGCAUCUGCACUCCUGGACGCAGCACUCCUGGACCCAAUGUAUCACUUUUUCCGUGGACGGCAACCGCAUCCUCAGUGGAGGCAUGUUUCCGUCCCGACUCACAUAUAUACCACAAUUCGAGCAUAUUUCGUGCAGAUCCUGUCCAUCACGGCAGCCCACGAUGCAUGCAUAGAUGGGGAUUUAUCUGCUGCCGAAGUUCUACUAACCCGAGAUAUCGACACCAAUCCCAAUAAUCAUAUUUCCUACGCCCAUCGCUCAUUUGUUUUGGCGCAAAAACACGACUGGUACCUCGCCCUUCGGGAUGCAAUCAAACAUUCAGCCCUCAUUGGUAGGCUAUAUAUCUCCAAGGGUAUUGCCCUCUGCGGAAAUGGCCGUAUCUCGGAUGCGAGGGCAGCAUUUGACGUUGCAUCAAUGUACACGGACCAAGAUCCACAAAUCCUCCAUUUAUUGCUCUUGAUCAAAGCCAUCGCGCUCUUCAAUGCAGAUCAAUAUGAUGAAGCAAACGUGCUUCUUAAGGAACUCGCUACGGGUUGUCCAAAUGCUGAUACUCUCGCGUGUCUUGUCGUGCAAGCAUAUCUACGUGUUCAACUCGGACUCAAAGCCUUGGAUGGCGCACGUCACGAGGAAGCCGCUGACUAUUUCACUGCCGCUCUCGAGUUCGGCACUUUAUCAUCGAAAGUGAACGAUCUCACUGUCAGAGUCACAUCCCCAGUCUUGUACGGAAUGACCCCAGAGGACUCCACUCAGAAUCAAGAAAAUGAAAAGGUAUCAUCGAAACCGGACAUUCAUGAAAUUUACGAGGACUUCGUGGUGCUUGUUCAGCUCUUCGGGUGGGAUCUCAAAUCUUUGUGGUUUACUGCACACCAGAAACGUUGCCAUGCACUCUUUGAGGCAGGUAAACUUCAAGAUGCCGUGAAAUCAUUCCGGUACAUGAUGUACAAUAUCGACGAAGCAACGAGGGCUACAGGUCUCACCUCAUUUCAUUCAGCUUUCAUGGAAGUAUGCGGUACACUCUGUCUUACCAACGGAGAUACUGCCCUCGCUGCAAACCGGUAUGAUAGGGCUUAUGACCUAUACUCGGCAGCGAUCUACCUGGGUUAUGUAUCCGAUGUCGUGUUCGCAAAUCGCAGCAGGGCAAAGUUAGGGCAAAUGCUAUGGGAGGAUGCCCUCCUGGAUGCGCACAAGGUCAUCGAACUCAAUCCUUCGUCUCACGUCGGAUACCAAUUGACGCAUAUAGCUCUGCAUGGCGCGAAACGUUAUGACGCAGCUAUCAAGGCCUUCAAAACCAUGUUGUCCAAGUUGGAUGAUUCUCCCGACCCGCAGAUACGAGAUUUGCGUCAGCAGUAUGUCUCUCCAUCCGAAGCAGAAGACGCUAUUCAAAGAGCUGUUUGGAUUGAACUCGAACAUGCCCCGCUACGUCUACUUGAUACCUCCACGGGUCGUUUGUGUGAUAGAGCGGCACAGUUAAACUCCUUCAAGACGAGUGUACAGUAUAAGGAGGUUUUGUCGUUCACAACGAAGCGUUCAGACCUCCAAAUGGACCGCAUCAAGGAAGUGGUAGCGAAGUACUUCCGCUGCGUCCUACUAUCACAUAGAUGGGAAGAGGCUGAGGUGCUACUGCACGACAUCCAGAAUAAAGAUGUACGCGAGUUGAAGGGACUUGACGGCAUCACGAAACUACAGUCGUUUUGCAGAGUCGCUCGCAAUGCUGGGUAUCGCUGGGCGUGGAUGGACACAUGCUGCAUCGACAAGAGGAGCAAUACCGAGGUUCAAGAAUCAGUCAACUCCAUGUUCGACUGGUACCGCCACUCAGCGCUUACCAUCGUCUACCUAUCUGAUGUCCCUCCUUCAUCCCAGCCCGGCGCACUGGCGGAGAGUGUCUGGAACACGCGAGGAUGGACUUUUCAAGAGUUCGUCGCUCCAAAAGUUGUAAUCUUCUACCAGAAGGAUUGGUCAUUAUAUCGUGGCGAUCGCUCUCCAAACCACAAAGAGUCCCCUGAAAUCAUGAAGGAGUUGGAGGAUGCGACGGGUAUAGAUGCACAAGCCCUAGUGACCUUCCGUCCAGGUUUGAGUGGGGCCCGAGACAAACUCCAAUGGGCAUCGAGACGCGUCACUACUUUGCAGGAAGACAUUGCGUACUCAUUGUUUGGCAUAUUCGGUGUCCACCUGCCUGUAAUCUACGGCGAGAAGCAGAAUGCUCUCGGGCGGCUCCUGCAGGAGAUCGUAGCUCGUUCGGGGGACAUCACUGUCCUCAACUGGAUCGGACAACCCUCCGAGUUCAACAGCUGUCUUCCCGCUCAUAUUACCUCUUACACCUCUUCGCGCACCCAUUCAUGUUUGACUGAAGAUCAUAUUCUCACACAAGUCUCUUGGCUGCGACAAAUUGUGCCUGCAGAUCUAGCUUUGAAAAUUUUUCACCAGCUUGAACAGCUGAGAGCUCCUCGCUUUGCAAACUGCAGACUUCAUCUGCCUUGCAUUUCAUUCCGUGUCACAGAAGUCAAACGGAGGCGUGGUCUAGUCAGGGAGAGUCUUAUUACAUAUGAAAUCAAGGCAGACGGGCUUCAUGACCUGCAGAUCAGCACUGAAAAGGUCCUACCUCAAUUCUCGCGGACCAAGCCCAUUCGGCAGACAUUCUUACUUGUCCGUCCAUGGGAUCGCUAUCUCCUUGGGGUACCUCAAUUAGCAGAUGAUACGGAGAGCAUAGGAGAUUGUACCGAGCCCGGGUCCCCGACAGACGCCUCCCAGAUGGACGACAGUUUUCCCGCAGAAGAGGAGCCUUACUCACGAGCGUUGCGGUUACUGGUUCGCCUCAGGCAGCCUUUCGACGCAUUUUUGCUAGCGCAGCAGCAUGUCGGAGAAUACAAGAGGAUCGCGUCAGACCAUGAAAUCAUUGCACAAAUCAAAGACAUUACUUCGGUUUAUAGUUUGGAUGUCGGUACUGUAGAAAUCCUCUAGCUACAAAAAGGAGUAUGGUUAGGAGAAAGAGCAUUUGCAUGCGGAGUUCAGGUGGAACAUGUUCCGUGAGAUGUCCUCACAUAUGUUAGAUGGUAUCUGCAACAAAUGCGAGAAACGCAAAAGAGUUGUCGUGCGGCUCGUGCCCCUUCAUCUCA